UAAAAUAUGAUUUGAUCAAAGCAUACGUGUUUCUGUCAGUGCGUUAAAGAGCGAGGCAAACCCUCACACUGGAGGAAGCAGCAUGGACUGGAAAGGCCAACGCUGACGACAGCUGCAUAGAAGCGGUGAAAACGCCUUCAUAUUCGGAAUUAUGGCAGAAUCCUGUGGUCUACAUAAAGACUGGUACUCAAUACUGGGUGCCUGUCCAACAGAUGACAUGCAAGAGCUGAAACAGAAGUAUCAGAAGCUCAUCCUCAAGUUUCACCCGGACAAGCAGAGGCUGGACGUAUCAGAAGGGGAGGCGGAGCAGCACCUGCAGAGAUUCAUUGAUGUCGACCAGGCUUGGAAGAUCUUGAGUAAUGAGGAGAGCAGGAAGGAGUACAACCUCCAGCUACGGGCACAUGAAUUGAAACAGAGCUGGCCAGUGGACGCCCAUAUAACACUAGACGACAUGAACUGGGAUUGUGACACUGAGUGUUAUACGUAUGGCUGCCGCUGUGGAGGAGAAUUCAUCUUGGAGAAGGAUGACACACUAGAAAUGGAAACAGUUGUGUGCUGCAAUUCCUGUUCGCUCAGCAUUGAAGUUAAGAAGGUUACAUGACACUUUUGGAUACUUCAGGCUAGUUUCUUAUUGGACUGUUUUUAAUGGACACGUAGUGGAUUUUAACAGGAAGACAUCCCCAUUCAUAACUGAGCCUGGCACUUACAGUAUGAGAAAUUGUUUUUGAGGAACUGUUUGAAUUUUUCAUCAGGUGGAUUCAAAUUUGACAGUAUACAGAAAUCAAAAGACAUGACAUUUUCUUUUUUAAAGCUAUUUUUUAAUGGCCUCCACAUAAAUCUUCAAAGUGACCAUAUUGUAAAAACCUUCCCUUUAUUUUUUUUUUUAUUUAUAAUUUUUUUCUUGUGGAACUGAGCAGCAUAUCUCAUUUCAUUCACAUGUACCUUUUAUCAAGUGCAUCACCAAAUAACUGUUUCCAGAAUUGGGUCACACUAGACUCUCACUGUCACAGAAAGCCCUUGGUUGUUUCCUCCGAGGUAGACGUGCUCUUUUACAGACCAGACGUUUACUCAAAUGCUGUUUGUUCCCCAUCCUUUCACAUCCUGUGUUUGCGAGGACCGGCCAGGCGGCUCAAUAACCUCUUAGCUCUUGUUAAUAUUUGUUUGCAUGUAAAUAAAUGCACUUUUUUCCUCCUCUAACAAUGAAGUCACUAACUGCCUCCACACA